AGUAAUCACGUUACAACCCGGAAGAAUUGCCUCUCUCCGAUUAACGUUUGAAUAGACUAGAAUGAGCAAUUUAUCUCGGGAAGAAACGAUUAAACGCGAUGCUGCUAACAUCGCACAGCCUUUGAGAGACAUAUCCGUGUCUUAAUCUUCGGUGCCGUCGGAGUCACAGGCGGUCGAGUGUGAGCAGCAACGCCCUGAUGCCAGCAGCCACCCCGUCGGAGAAAAAUACCCUCGCUCUGUUUACAAAUCGGCUGGGAGACAUCGUUUCCUCGCAGUGUGUCGUUAGCUAGCUAAUCGUGCGGUUGUGUGUGUUUUUCAGACGAAGAAAAAAACAUGGCUGAACUGCAUGUUGUGGAACAGAGCGGCACUGCCACCAUAGAGCAGCCCGAGCACCGCGAUGUCCGAGGCUCGGUGCGCCUGGCGUCGCCCACUCUCGUGGUUCCUCCGCCGCGGAGCAGCCAGCUCAGUCCCGGCGGGGGGUCGAGCGGCAGUGGCGGACGCACCGUGUUCGGGUUCCCGGCGAAGAGCAACCCGAGCUCCCCGUCCGAACCGGUGGACAAGCCUGGCUCGCGCUGGGCUCGUCUGAACGUCGGCGGGACCUACUUCAUUACGACCAAACAGACGCUGUGUCGGGACCCCAAAUCUUUCCUGUUCCGACUAUGUCAAGAAGACCCCGACCUGGACUCCGACAAAGACGAGACAGGAGCCUACCUGAUCGACAGGGACCCCACAUACUUUGGCCCCAUCCUGAAUUACCUUCGGCACGGAAAACUGAUCAUGGAUAAAAACCUGGCCGAGGAAGGUGUUCUUGAGGAAGCCGAGUUCUACAACAUUGCGUCUCUGGUGAGGCUGGUUAAAGAAAGGAUACGGGACAACGAGAACCGGACAUCUCAGGGUCCUGUGAAGCAUGUGUAUCGAGUGCUACAGUGCCAAGAGGAGGAGCUCACACAGAUGGUCUCAACCAUGUCGGACGGUUGGAAGUUUGAGCAGCUUAUAAGCAUCGGCUCCUCUUAUAACUACGGCAACGAGGACCAGGCUGAGUUUCUAUGUGUAGUUUCCCGGGAACUCAACAACUCCACCAACGGCAUCGUCAUCGAGCCCACCGAGAAGGCCAAGAUCCUUCAGGAGCGAGGCUCGCGGAUGUAAAGAGACGCUGAGCUAAAUAACACUUUAUCAACAAAAACAAAACAAUAACAUGAACAUUAUCUCCAGUUUUCAUCACGAUCCGUGAGUUUACCCUCCUCCUCCUCCUCCUCCUCUUCUACCAUCGCCGCCUUCACCAUCGUCAUCAACCCCCCCCCCUCGUCCCUCCUCCUCCUCUGGUGUGCCUUUCCACAGCGGGGGGGCCGCCCGACGCCUCCCUCUCCUCCACUGCUGCAGCGCCACCCUGAUUUGUCUUCCCCUCCAUCGCCGGCUGUGGAACACUUCAGGGGGAAGUUUUAAAAGGGAUUACAAGUGAGUGGUUUUCCUCAUAGCAGCUUUAGUGAUGGUCAGUGUCACUGCGGUGCUUGUUGUAGCCCGUUGUUAUUGUGAGUGGAUGGACGCCGAGCACAGAGCUACUAUGAAUCAUCAUCUUCAUCGUUAUCAUCAUAUAUAAUAUAUACAUAUUGGCUCCUCAGGACUCUCAAAGGACAUAAAGGAACGAACACAGCUCCACUGACUGAGCCUCUAUACCUGAAUCUGUUAAUGAAGUGAACGCCCCGCCGCGUCCCUCUGCGCUCUCUGCGCUCCCAGACUCCUCGGCUGAUGUCUGAGGGCGGGUCGCGGCACAACACAACCGAGCCAGGAGGUGGAGCGUUUUCAUCCGCUCUCUCUCUUUCUCUCUCUCGUCAUUAGAAACCUCUUAAACGAGCGACAACAUCUAACAGGCGUCCUGUCUCGGAACAUCACGACAUCCUACUCCUCCUGGUUCCUGUUCCCGGGCUCGAUUUUUGGUUUGUCCUCCCCAGGGAGAGCAUUUAGGAUAUUUCCACGCAAAAAAAAAGAAAGAAAACCAAUGCCUCAAAAAAAGACUACACCUGUGUACAAUUUGUCAAGGCAUGUGAGGAAUCUAUAUAUAUAUAUAUAUAUCUAUAUCUAUAUAGGCUACAUGAUGAAAUUAUAUGAAAUGCAUAUGGUGGAAUUACUGAUUUCUGUAUCAUAGUUGUCAUAUAUUUACAUAUUCUUGGUGGGUGAGUCUAUUUAAAUGAUGGGAGAAAAUAUCAUAUUUUUUUUUCAUAACCAGUUGUCUUGAAGGUUUCCCGCCCGGUAACACGGAUAUGAGUACGUGGAUGCAGUGCCUCUCUGCUUUCUGUCCAGGACUGAAAUAUCACAGUGUUUUUUUCAGCUGCACGUUUUCUGUAGUGUUCCUCGAAACGUUUUCUCUUAGAUAUCCUACCUUUGAUCUCUUGCAUAUCUUAAAAUUGUAAUUAGGGAUGCGGAAAACUGUGGUUGCCAUUUGUCCAGGCGAGCGUGGCGUGGCGUGGAUUGGACCGUGGCCCGUUUGUAUGCUGCCUCAAACCUCUUAAAGCACCCCUCUCUCCAUGGCCUUGUGCUAAUCUCAAUAUUCACUCACUUUGCAGCUGCCUCUGUUGCCGGUCCUCAACUUAAUGACUGUGUUGUCUUACAUUCAUGCAGCACUUGUAGCAACUGUGUGACGCAAGCUGAAUUUUUCUUCUCGCCCUUAAAGCCCUGAGAUACCCGAGCCUACAUCAUCACAGAGAUUUACAGACUGUAAGCGAACCUGCCACACAGGUUCAGUUUCCUGAGCUUCAGAGCAAAGCCUUUUAUUUCAGAUGUUAUGUGACGUUGUUUUUCUUGGCUAAAGUAUAUUUCUCUUGAAAUGUACUUGACAUUAAGUUGCGGUGUGAUAGUGCUGAUUUAAACACUUGAAACAACAUUGGAGCAACGUGUAAAUACAUAUAAACUAGCCUGAUUCUAUCCCUCUGAACCGCUGCACAUAGCUCCGAUUUUAUAUAGAAACUUAACGAUUCUCAUGCUAAAUAUAUAAAAGUAUGUGUUCUUAAAUUUAUUUAUAAGUCAUCUGCACUUUUGUGCAGGUAAACAGAAUUGGCUUUUACUUCAAAUGUGCAUUUACAAAACCUGUAGUGCUGCAAGUAACUUGAAGCUGAAGUCAAUUAAGUGAUUAGUCGAUUAACAGAAAAUGUAUCUGCAACCAUAACUUGCUUUUCUCUGUUUUAUAUCAUUAUACUUGUAUUAUCUUUGGGGGUUUUGAUCUGAUAAAACAAGACGUGUGAAGAUGUGUCUUUGGGCUCCAGAGAUAUGUGACAUUUUGACUUUUUUUUUAGAUUAAACUUUUAAUC